GGAAGUCAGGACACAGAAAAUCUCGGAGAGCAGAAAAGUUACAACACUGUUACUGAAAAAUGAGCCGAAUAUAUCACAACACGUCUUUACAGAACAAACCAGUACAUACUGAGAAAUUUGACCGCGUGUGGUCUCCCUCCAUGUAUGAAAGUGGCCAGGGAGUUCUUCUGGAAGGAAAGGUGCUUGAUGUUUCCAGACAUGCUAUCAUUGAUGACAACAAUCAAAAGGUCCGUUUCUACGUGCUGUACAUCAAACCCAGCCGCAUCCAUCAGAGGAAGUUUGACGCCAGGGGGAAGGAGAUUGAGCCAAACUUCAGUGACACCAAAAAGGUUAACACUGGCUUCCUCAUGUCCUCCUACAAGGUGGAAGCCAAAGGGGAGUCAGAUUGUUUGUCCGAGGAGCAGCUGUCAGCGAUGGUGAACAAAGCAGAGCUGGUAAAGAUAACUGAAAAGCACCAACCCAGCGGGACCUGGGCCUUCUGGUACCCGGAGUCAAAGAUGGAUGAAAUGGAGCUGGAAACAGGACAGGAUGUACGGCUGAAGACCAGAGGAAACAGUCCUUUCAUAUUCUCGGUUGCCAAAGUGGACAGCAGCACAGUGACCAAGUGUAACUUUGCUGGAGAUGAAAAGGCUGGAGCAUCGUGGACGGACAAGAUUAUGGCCAACAAAGCAGAGGCAGUCACCACUCAGAAGUCUGGAGAAGGGGAGGGAGCAGAGGAGGAUGAGUGGGACGAUUGAGGAAACCAUCUCUCUUGUCAGCCUGAACUCUUGGACCCGUUCCAGUCUCCAGGUUGAACUGCUUUAGCUUGGAUCCAUUCCUGUCUUUCCUUCUGUAGAUUGGACUGGACUUGGGGUACUUAACCUUUUACAGUAUAUGUGUGGCCUUGGGGCUGGAAACCUUGCAUCACUCCUACAGUAUGGGACUAGACUCUUCCAGCUCUACAGAGUAUAUCUGGCUGUGAUGCACACUGUCUUUGUAACUUCACUCUUCUAUACUUUGGAUUAAUGGUAUUAAAUACAGUCCCAAAAAUGUGUUGUUAUUCAGCACACUUGUUAGUCCUUCCAUACUGUAAUUUAUAUCCUGUCUAAACACAGACACAGGGUAUCUAAAGAGCUGUGUUUCUUGUUUCAUGAGCUCAGUACGCUGGUUGGGUUCUGUGUAACACCUGAUGUAUUCAGAAAUGCGUUUGCCCUCCUGACAGCUUCAAGCUACUAAUAUAGAAUUUGAAUUGGAAAUCGGAAGAACGAAGGAGCAAAGAAGAGCUUAUCAAAGAGGCUGUUAAAAUGUCACCAACAGGUUAUUAUUCCUUCCUGGCAGGUAUACUGUCAUCUAAGUGAGUUUAUGUGUAAUAAGACACAAAAUACCAACCUUUGUACUAUCAAAGCAUUCACAAAGAGCUCAGUCCAGAUUCUUAAGAAAUAUACAAAUUCUAAUUUAAUUUUAAUUCUCAAGUAUUUCUUGCCAAACUCAAUCUGAUCCUCUGGUUUAAUGACCUGAAAAUAGUCAUGAAUACCCUAAUUUCCUCUUGUUUGGAUUACUGUAUUGCUUUGUUAUGGGGAAUAUUUGAACUCAUUUUGGUCUGAGGUCACAAAAGCUCUCUCAGAGAUUUUUCAGGUCAAUACUCCUAAAUGUCCUGUACUAUGUAUAUUAGCAGACAAAUUAGAUGGUGUAGCUGUAAGAGCAAUGGGAUGUGUAACACUUGGUUGUCUUGCUGCUAAACAUAAAAUUGUUAUGAAUUUGAAGAUUAGAGCCCCAUCCUGUUUUAGUUUGAGUAGUUGGCUGGAAGAAUUUAUUCAUUUAAUUGGUAUGGAAAGAGCAGCUGCCACUUUAUGGCAGCUUGAUCCAGGUUUAGAGGGCCUAUGGGAUAAAUUAAGGUUAUAUAUAAGUUCUUUACCAGAUUGAAGAAACCAAAUAUGAAUUAUAUCUACGUAUCGAUUUUUUAUUUUUUUUAUUUUAUUGUACAGCACUUUAGUCAACUCUGGUUGUUUUUAAAUGUGCUUUAUAAAUAAAUGUGAUUUGAUCUUU